AUGUCAAUUAUUACCAGUGAAAUGAUAAAGAAGGAAACUGCGGUAAAUCCUGUUUACUCAAGAGUUUGUCAGUAUACCAUUUCAGGAUGGCCUUAUGUUACUGAUCCUUCAUACUUUCCGUUCAAAUCCAAGCAACACGAGUUGACAGUAGAGCAAGGAUGCCUACUUUGGGGAACACGUGUAGUUAUACCUCCAUACUUACAACUGCAAGCUGUACUUAAUGAGUUGCAAGAAACUCAUCCUGGAAUUACGAAAAUGAAGGCACUAGCAAGGUCAUAUUUAUGGUGGCUUAACAUUGAUAAAGACAUAGAGCGAACUGUACAACAAGGUCGUGUGUGCCAGUCAAUGCGAUCAAAUCCGCCUGAAGCACCUGCACACCCUUGGUCGUAUCCUACACAUCCAUGGUCAAGAAUUCAUAUUGAUUUUGCUGGACCAGUAGCUGGUUGCAUGUAUCUUGUUGUUGUGCACGCUUACAGCAAGUAUCCAGAAAUUGUGAAGAUGACAAGUAUUACAUCUCAAGCUACCGUUGCUGUUCUUCGUGAAAUCUUUAGCAGACAACGAUUUCCAGAGAUGAUCGUUUCAGACAAUGGUAGUCAAUUUACAUCAGAAGAAUUCAAAAAGUUAUGUGCAAGAAAUGGAGUAAGACAUGGAACUUCUGCUCCUUACAAGCCUGCUACAAACGGGCAGGCAGAACGAGUAGUUCGAGUUCUUAAAACAGACAUUCAACUAGCAAAUGUAACAAAGGGAGAUACUGACAUUGUGAUUGCACGAUAUAUGCUUGUGUAUCGUAAUACUCCUCAUACAACAACGGGAGAAUCACCAGGCAUGCUCUUCAUGAAGAGAAGGUUACGUACUCACUUAGAUUUACUUAGUCCUUCAUUAAGGAAACACGUUGAACAUAAAAAAUCCUACACUGUGGACAGAACAUCUCAGAAAUCCUUGAGAAAAUUCCACGUAGGCGACUCUGUUAUGACUCGAAAUUAUGCCAGAGGAGACAAGUGGAUGCAUGGAAUAGUAAUUGAAGUUGUCGGAUCAAGACAUUAUAUUGUUGAUUUACAGGGCGGAAAUGGAAGAGACAUAUGGAUCAAAUCAUCAUGUACAACCAAGGAAAAAGUGAAAAUUCUAUUGAACAGGAAUUUACAAAUGCCAGUCAGUACAAGUUCUGGUACGUCACCUACUCAUAUGGAGACAAAUUCAGCUACGGUGUCAACGACAGUCUCUCCUGAAGUACAGGAAUCAACAAGAAGUUUGCAAGCUACACCACAUACUACUAAUCAAAUAGUCCAAUAA